AUAUUAUCUGCACACAUUUUUCCGCCCAAAACCCCUAAGCCGGGAAAGACUACAGUGGAAGAAGGAAGAACGAAGAAGCGAGCAAAAUCAAGGCGGAGUAAUGGCGGAGAUGACGGCGGAGGAGAGGAAGAAGAAGAAGAAGAGUUUGCCAGUGAUACCAUGGAUGAGAGACCCCGUCGAUAUCAGUCUAUCCGAUUCAUGCCCGCUCAGCUCCACCCCUUUCCUUGACCCCAGGUUAGAGACGGCGUUGCGGCAUAAGGGUUUCGAUUCACUGUUUCCGGUGCAAGCAGCUGUUUGGCAUGAAACAAUUGGUCCCGGUUCAUUCGAGCGUGAUCUCUGCAUAAAUUCGCCAACGGGAAGCGGGAAGACUCUCGCAUAUGCUCUACCGAUUGUGCAGAUGCUCUCGACCCGCACGAUUAAAUGCCUUCGAGCUCUGGUGGUGUUGCCGACUCGCGACUUGGCUUUGCAGGUCAAGGAAGUUUUUGCUGCUUUGGCUCCUGCGGUGGGAUUGUCAGUGGGCUUAGCAGUUGGUCAAUCCUCUAUUGUUGAUGAAAUCUCAGAGCUCAUCAAGAAACCUACUAUGGGUAUUGGUGUUUGUUGCGAUUCUGAAUAUUUCUGCCAGGAGAUAAGAAGUUCAGUAGACAUACUUGUAGCAACACCUGGACGGCUGAUGGACCACAUUAACCAUACCAAGGGCUUCACAGUCGAGCAUCUUUGUUAUCUUGUGGUUGAUGAAACAGAUCGAUUACUAAGGGAAGCUUAUCAAUCCUGGCUGCCUACUGUCCUUGAGUUGGCAAACUCUUCAACUAACAGUCAGUUUUCCUUUGGGAAUGCCAUUAACCCACCCACAUUUGGCUCACUAAAGACAGUUAGGAGUUUUGGAGUCGAGAGGGGGUUUAAGGGUAAGCCAUAUCCAAGGCUUGUGAAGAUGGUUCUGUCAGCCACACUAACUCAGGACCCAAGUAAGCUUGCUCAACUCGAUCUUCACCAUCCAUUGUUCUUGACGACUGGAAAAAGCCGGUACCAGUUCCCUGAGAAUUUGAAAUCUUAUAAAGUGGUGUGUACAUCAAAGCUUAAACCACUUUAUCUACUUGCACUUUUGGAAACUUUGCAAGGGGAGAAAUGUAUUGUUUUCACUUCAUCCGUAGAGUCCAAUCACCGGCUCUGCACUUUGUUGAAUUUCUUUGGCGACCUUCAAAUUAAGAUCAAAGAGUACUCUCGUCUUCAACGCCAGUCCAUACGAAGCAAGACAUUGAGGUCAUUCAGAGAAGGAGAAACACAAGUUCUUAUAUCCUCCGAUGCAAUGACUCGUGGAAUGGAUGUUGAAGGGGUUAAAAAUGUAAUCAAUUAUGAUAUGCCUAGAUUCAUCAAGACUUAUAUUCACCGUGCUGGUCGAACUGCAAGGGCAGGGCAGAGUGGCCGUUGCUUUACACUUCUACGCAAUGAUGAGGUUGUGCGAUUUAAGAGACUGUUACAAAAAGCUGACAAUGAAUCUUGUGCUGAAUAUUCUGUUCCAUCUGAAUCAGUAGAGUCACUUCGUUCCAUGUAUAGCACAGCACUGGCGAGAUUGAAAGAGAGCGUCGAAUCAGAAAAGCACAAGAAAACCAGGGUUAAUAUCAAGACCCGUGGCAUUGCUAAGAAAAACGACAAAUCUGCUUAAAGGAGCGAAAUAAUAUACCGGAAUUAUCAUUGCCUCCGGACUCUAGCAGUUUCUUUCCAUCUCUGUAUAAACAGCUGUGCUUAUUGUGUUGAGGCAGCGACGAAGCAGCUUCCGGUCUUCCAAAACGGAGGUGAAAUUGUUUUUUUUUUUUUUGAAAAAAAAGGUGAAAUUGUUGUUGCAUACUCUUUUAGGCUAUAGUUUUUCUCAGUUUUGAUGAAUUGCUCUAAUUAUAGUAUUAUUUCUUAUCCGUUAUAAUUUUAUCAUCCCUAAUUUGCCCCCACAACUUUUUAUUCAGUGAGAUAGCUAGACUUUAUGCGAUAUAAUAUUUGUUGAUUUUGAUUUUAUGUUUCUCGAAUGCUGCACUUCAUUUCCUCGCCGUUUGUCCUAAUCAGAGCUCAAAAAUAAAGUUGAUUUUAAAAAAUAAAAAAUCAAAUGAGGAUUUUAUUGAAUGGUAGACGUAUUUUUGAUUAUUCUCUCUUUUAAUUAUAUGUAUUGUAUUUAUUUACUUAAAUCUUCAGGGUCGGGCGCAUAUAGCGGGUUCUAUGAUAAGAGAUGAUAAAUUAAUACGGUAAUCCUUGUAAACAUCACAAUUCACACCAAUUUAAUUAUUUGAUAUUUUGAUUAAUCGAUGUCAAUGAUGCAUUUCUUGCUUAAUUCAUAAUAAUUUGUGCAAAUCUUCACAUAAAUAAUUGUAUAAAAUAGAAUAAUCUGACUGUAAUUCCAUGCGUUUCCGUAAAAGGCGUUCCACUGCAAUUUUUGUUAUUAAUCAAUCUUAAAAACCAAACACCUGGCCUCUUCUUCUACCAUUAAUUUCUGCAUUUGAUUUCGGCCCAUAAUUUUCACUUUUCCUUCCCCUCCCCAUCUCGUAUAUGUACUGCACGAGUUCGAACAUUAAGAAACAUCACAUCGCACAACACAUUCUACAUCACAUUCUAUUGCAAAUCAUCUUCUCUUUCUCUCACUAAAUAACUCCUUUCCCCCCGACAAUCAUGAGAAAGCAAAUUAGCUACAUGCACCACUUGAAUUUGAUCGAGGUCGCGCCCUCGCCGGUGAUUCAACCCCACAAGGUGUCGCACGCCCCGAUGCUCGAGACCAUCGUGGAAGAGGCUGGACCGGAGAAGGAGGCCGCAACCAAAGUCAGGGCCAUCUACCUCCUUCCCGUCAUCCUCUCAUUCGUCACCUACGUGCUCAUGAGCAAGUUAUCCGUCGUCUGACACCCCAUCGAACAAAGCAGCCCUCAUCUGCUCGCAGAAAACGACACAUUUUUCGCUGCUGUGAAUCCCCAAAAAAAUAAGAAAAAAAGGGAGAUGGAACGCCGGAAGAUGUGUAGACGAAACAACGAAUAAUGCAUGUAUCAAGGGAUUUUCAAGCAUGUUGUUGAAGAAAGGAAUGUGGAGAAAUGUAGGGAAAUUGCAAUGAAUCAAAAAUAAAAAAAUAAAAAAACAAAAAAAAAAGAAGAGGAAGAAGAUUCAUUUCCUCCUCCAGAAUUUCCAUGUGAGAUGAGGUGAAACAGGAACUGGCCAUCUAUUAUAUUGAUCACUGAUGGUCGAAUAGGUUUUCAAUAGUUAGGAUUCAGGUUUUUUGUAAAUAAUUGUUUAUAAUUAUAACAUACAAUUUGGGGGCUCAGAUGAGUGUUUCCCUAGAUUGAAGCUUUUUAGUUUUA